AUGGAUUUCGUUACUGCUGAUGACGCCACGAUCCGCAACGUCGUCACUGAAGCCAUCACUCCAACGGCCGCGUCGGCCACCGUAUCGGAAGACAUGCGCUUAAGCUUGUGUACAGUCAUUGCCCGGCUUCGGGCGUCUGGCUGGUACUACGAGGGCGCCAAUGAACAGACCAUGGCCACGGAAGCGCUGACCAGAAUGCCUGCAGGCAGAUUUUUCAUUCGAGAUUCCACACACUUGGGACACCUGUUCACGAUGGACUUUCAAACAGGCCGAAUCGGCGAAUCCCGGAUCAGAAGCGUCCGGUUCACGUACGUGGAUGGAAUGUUCGGCCUAGACAUGAUGCCACGGCACGCAGGUGCUCGCUGCGUCCCGAAGUUCCGGUGUCCGAUCGAUCUGGUCGAAUACUAUACACGGAUGUGCCGGAUCCAGGUGGCCCGCCAGAAACCCGUGUACCCUAUAUGGGCUGACCAGCAUGGCAAGUCCUUCUCGUGGCGGAUCCUCAUCCGGCCAAUGGUUAAGGUCACCGCCGAAGAGUUCCCGUCGCUAAAGCACAAGACCCGCCUGAUAAUCAACCGGCACAAUCAACUCAUCACAAUGGCUUCUACAACACAACCAAUACCAAACCAAUUGAUCGAAUAUUUACUUCAAUAUCCGUAUAGCCUGUAA